GAACUGACGGUGACUUUCCAGCCACCGCUGUUCCUACAAAGACGAGGAUGGGUGUUCGAUGUGCUCCGCAGGGAAGGGGUCAGCGAGGUUCUCGACGUAGGAUGCGGUGAAGGAUCGCUCAUCUCGUGUCUAUGCAAUCCCGCACCAUGGCUCCCGCCACCACCGCAAUCGAUCCUCGAGUCGUUCGCCACAGUUCAUUCAGAGGCCUCUGUCGCCACAAGCACUGUUACAGCCGAUGCUGCGCCAUUCGCUGCACGUCUGGACCAUCCUACAGAAGACUUCCUACACCCCUUAAAAGUCAUUGGCCUCGACAUCUCUACGACCGACUUAGAGUAUGCGACGCAGGCCACAGAGCCGAGCGAUUGGCGCUUGCGCUGGGAGCCUCUGGAGGUGGAAAUUUGGGAAGGUGGUUUGGAGGCGGUCAACCCGGCAUUUGUCGGUAUGGAAUGCAUCGUCGCGACCGAAGUCAUUGAACACCUUCCAGAAGACGUACUUGCUCACUUCGCACCCGUCCUCCUCGGGGCAUACCAACCCCACCUCCUGCUCAUCACCACACCUUCCUUCACCUUCAACGCGCGCUUUACCGCGCCCGACGCUCCACGUACCGCCCGCUCCGGCUACCCAGACCCCACCCAGCGGACUGAUCGCAUAUUCCGACACCACGACCACAAGUUCGAAUGGACGCCCGAGGAGUUUGCUGAAUGGUGCGCGACCGUAGCGGAGACGUGGGGAUACGAUGUCGAGGUGGGCGGCGUCGGCAGGGCUGCGGAGAAGGACGAAUGGGGACGGGAUGAGGCGCUUGGAUAUGCGAGUCAAGUUGCCGCUUUCACGCGACGAGAUGGCGAAGGGUGGGAUGAGAAGAGGAGUAUGCGCUUCCAGCAAGUGCGUGAGGUCCAGGGCUGCGAUGAAGGUCAGCACAAACUAUUGGCCACUCACCAGCAUCUCGCGCACGAGAAGGCUUGCCAGCCGUUGCCGCUGCACGAGAGAGGCGAGAUCAUCAAGCGCACGAUGAUAGACUCCCGCAGCAAUCCAAUCCAGCUCGGAGACCUGUGGUGGGAGGAGAGCGUCGCGACGGCUUGUGGGGGAUGGAUGGAACUCAUGGUCGAUGCCAUCGCGCAACACGCUGGCCUACGGCUAGAUGCAUCCAAGGAGACGUCCAUGUCUGACUGGACUGCAGAGCUG